AUGGCCGACUUGAUAGGAAAGCCGCCCGGGUUUUGGAACCAUCCGGGAACACCAACAGUACCGUGGACGCGGUGGCUUGAAGAUUUUGAAACUUAUUUGCUUGCCGCUGGCGGCGAAAGUUUUUCCGCGGAACGCAAAGCCGCACUGCUGAAAACACUGCUUGGAGCCGAAGGUCAGAAGCAGGCACGGGUUGCACUCGCCGCGGCAUCGGAAACGCCGGGAUCAACCAAAGACGCCUACUGCUCAUUGGUGCAAACGCUAACGGCCAAGUUCAGCCCUCCAGAGGCAGUAGCCACAGCCAGACUCUCGUUUCGGAACCUCACGCAAGGCGAGUCUCCACCCCAGGAUUUUCUCUUCGAAUUGCAAGAUACAGCUAACCAGUGCGACUUCGGUGAACUGAAGGACCAGAUGCUGCUCGAACAAUUACUCAUUGGAUUGACUUCUACGCGACUACGGGAACGGUUGCUUGUCGAGGAGGCCACGCUUACGUUUGAGAAGGCCGUGAAGAUCAUCAACGAUGCCGACCGCGUCCAGCGUCGCCUCAAAGAAUACGAGCCUGAAGCGCUUGUACAGCUGAACACAGCGCCACAUGAAAGUUCGGCGCAGCGCCGUCCUUUGCCGCGGGUUGUCACACCUUCUACCGAGCCUCGCCCUUGGCAACUCGCUGCACCUUCGUCGACGUGUCAGCAUUACAACCGGCCACCCCAGUCUGCAACUGGCUGCCCCAACUGUGGCUAUCAGCGUGCUCCUACUCAGAACUGCCCCGCGCGCGGCAAGGUUUGCUACCAGUGUUCCAAGAGGGGACAUUUUGCCACUGUGUGUCGCAGCAGACCCUUCGCGCGGUCACCACCAGCAUGGCAUCAGCAAGCCUCCAGUCCCUCCAGGCCUAGGCGUUCGGAUCACGCCGAGUCUAUGGCCCUGUCAGACACCCAACCGGACCUCCGCACACCGGGAUUUUACGCCGAUGUUGAGGCGACAGCCUUCAAUGCUGCGGCACCAGCACACAGCCAAUUCCAGUGAAUCCCGAGUUUUCUGCGGGCGCACCGGCCUCGCCUCCCUGUGAGUUGCCACGAAUGCCAUCUAACACAUCUCAAAACAUCACAUCAGGUACGGUGGGCCACCUACCAGACAGAUUCAAUCAUUUUGAACACUUGU